CAAGCUUGAAAACGGUACUUUUUCUUCUUCUCAUUCUACAUCAUCAUCAUCAAUUAAGCAUGGUGUUUUUGAUUUCAACAAUUGUCCACGAUAUAUUCGCAUUUCAACAACAACAACAACAACCAGCAACAUUAGCAGCAGCAUCGCAAAAUGUUCAAUUAGAACAAACACUACCGAAAGGAUAUUAUGCAUUUGGUAAAGCUACGCCAAAUGCUAGACCACCCAAAGUUCGUAAACCACCAUAUCUGCCAAUAUCAGCUGAAUGUCCAGGAAUUCAAGAUGCCAAUUCAUUACUUUCCAAACACAACAUGUGUGGUGAUUUAAAUCGUGGCCUGGUUCCUCGUAAUCCAAUGGGCCAAUAUUUACAUGGCGAACCAUAUCCAUUUGAAUUGAUCAAAAACAAAACUCUUCAAUAUCUAUCAAAGACGUUGCCGUAUUUACAGGAAGAAAUUGAUAAUGUACCAAAAGUUGCGCGUUUUGUAAAGCCAUCGGAAUUUUUUGAAAACCAUUCCAAAAGACAUAAACGACAAGCAAAUACACAAGAAUUGAAUACAAUUGUAGAAAAUGCAACUACUGCUCCACAAUCGACAAUCAAUGAAUCGAAUGUGAAUACCAACAACAACAACAACAACGUUACUAAACAGAAUCGCCAAAAUGUAUGCGAUGGUAAUGUUAUUUGUCAAGCCAUUGAAUCAUUGAAAGAGGAAGGUCCAUUUUCUAAAUCAUUUUUAAGCAACAUUGUUUCAGCUGUUGGAAAUGUGGCAAGCAUUAAUAAUGUCGUAUCAUUGAUCGAUCAAUAUGGACAAUCCACGAAUCAAACGAAUCCGAAUUCAUCACCGAAUACUAGUAGUCAAAGAUUUGCUCUAUCACAACUACUAUCAUCCAUUGGUUCAGAUAGCAGUAGCAGUAGCAGCAGCAGCAAUAAUAAUAAUAACAACAACAAUGCCGGAAUUGGUAGCACUUACAGUCCAUUAUUAUCUUUAAUUGAUUAUUUACAAAGUUUACAAACACCAAAAUUUGCAACAAAACGAAAAACAUCAUCCGAUGUAGAGGAUUUCAUCAACGUAGAUGGUAAUGAAAAACCUCAAACACCAUGUAUGUCGACGGAGGAAUAUGUUUCACCCACGUAUGCCCGUAAUUAUCAGGGCGUAUGGAAAUAUGUUGUACAAAUUCCAAAUGAAGGGUAUUUUACGCAAACAAUUCAACAAACGACUUGCUUAAAAAAUAAAUGUGAUCUAAUUGAAGGGUCGUGUCGAGAAUCACCGAGGUGGGUCAGCUUAUUGGUAGCCGAAAUAUUUUACCCGGAUAUCUAUUUUCCGGUCAAUCAAAUAAUGCCAAUGUUAUAUAAACAGCAGCAACAACAACAACAACAGCAGCAGCAAAUGAUUCAACAACAACAAGGAUCAACAACAUUCAGUAAACCAUUGAGCCAAAACGCCCAGCAACAACAAACUUUGAACAAUAAUGGUAAAAGGCCAUUAUUUACAACUGGUUCAAAUUCAAUCAUUUCCACUGCUUCAGCGAUGAACGCAAAUCAAUUAAAUGGCCUAGAUUUGAAUGCUUUAACCAAUCUAUUAACGAAACGAAUUAACAACGAUCCAUCAAUAUUGAUUAAUCAUUUGGGAAGCGCCAAUAAUAAUCAACAUCAUCAGAAUAAUAUUCAUUCACAUCAUCAUCAUCAUCCUGGCUUACACAAUCUAGAAUUAUUGGCACGAAAAGCUCGAUUACAACAAGAUAUGAAUGAAAAUGAGCUAAAUAAUAAUGAUGAAGAUAACAAUAAUAACAAUAACAAUAAUAAUGGAGAUUUGAUGGAAAAUUCAUCUACUACAAGCAAUAAUAGUGACAAAUCGAAACAUUGUGAUGGCUAUGAUAAAAUUGGUUGCUACGUUGUACGAGUCUAUUAUGAUUGGUUUCUAGUGAAUGGUAGCUGUAAAUGUUGGAAAUCGUCAUCCGGUUCAAGUAUAAAUGAAACUAUUAAAAGAAUUUUCAUUGGAAAAUGGAAGAAAAAAUAGAAAAUGAAAUUCACUGAAAAAUUAUACUGUAAUCAUGAUGUGUAUUGUAUGGGGGGAAAAAAUUCAAACUCAACAACAGAAAAAAAUGAUAAUUUACAUAUUACAUCAUUCUACUCCCACGGGCAUUUUGGGUGAUGAUGAUUUCUGUGAAACAAAAUAGAAUGGAAUCCCAUUAUCUUGUACAUACAUAACAAACAAACACGCACACACAAACACACAUGAAUACAAAUUUGAUAAUAUUAUUACAUGAAAAAAAAAAUUAUUCUAUUUUCGGGAAUAUGAAGAAACACUGGGACAAAUCACUUUUAUUACAUUUCUUGUUUUUAAUUUCUUUUUGGAUGAUG